AUGAUGAUUAGAAAUAGGUUUGGUUUACUACCAGUACAAGAAGCCCGUACAGAUGAAAUCAAAAAGUUAUUUGAACAACGCGAACAACAAAACAAUGAAAAUCGUUUCGUUGGAGAUACCAAUUCCAUUGAAUGGCUAACAGUUAAUGAGCGAGCAGCUGAGUAUGCCGUAUUUUAUCGCGAUUCAUUAAAAAAGGCCUAUGAAAAUGGCAUCAAUUGUGAUCUCCUAGUGUUUUAUUUAAAGGAGAUAGUUGCGAACAAUCCAAAAGGGGUGCUUGACGUUAUAUAUUAUUUUCGUGCGUAUUUCGAAAGCAAAGAUGCUACACAUAUUGUGAAAGCUUAUACGGUGGAAUCUGACUUUUAUCGUACACUGAAUAAAGAUCUGGCAAAAAUGAUAAGUCACAGAGAUCAUAUUGGAAUAGAAGUCAACAUAGAAGUCGAAAUACCUGGAGCAAUUGCAGGUGUUCUUAGUUGCGAUCCAGCGCUGCAGCAAUUUUCUUUUACGGGUGACACGUUUCGAGGUAUGCAUGUAACGACGAAUGAUCUUGAUCAAUACAAAGCUGGUUCGACUAUCAUGACUAAAUCUUUUUUAUCUACGUCGAAAAAAGAAGAAGUGGCCGCAAGUUUCAUUGUUAAAAACCUUGAACAGGAAGGUUUAGCUAGUAAUUCGAAUAAAGUUCCGGUCAUUUGCCAUUAUUCUAUUCGUAAUCGUAACACCGCUUUGGCAAUCGAAACAUUUUCAAUAUAUGAACGAGAAGAAGAAGUUCUUAUUCUUCCGAUUAACGUUUUCAAAGUUGUUUCCGUGAGAGAGAACAGCGGACGAUUUGAGAUUAAAUUAGUCGAGCAAGAGCGCUUAGCCAGGACGAUUUGGAGGUUGCGGGUAUGUUCGGUAUCAUAUGUCACUUUGCGUUUCCAUCUUGUUAUCGAAAGUGUUGCAUGA